AUGGGCAUCGGCGCCUUCGCCGAGCCCCUCGUGGUCAUCACGCUCCUCUUUGGAGGAGCGUGGUUCAAUCGCACCCUCGGCCGGGAUAACGUCGUCUCCAACCUCGUCUCCUACUCGCCGCUUGGCCACGCGCGAAAGCGAUCCGACGACUACGGACGCCGAAAUUCGGACUCCGAACUCUCGGACAGGGAUGCCUCUGUAGAUUGGGCGUCCAAUUCUGGCACACUCUCCCCCUUAGAGCAGUCCAGAUGGCGAAAUCGGAAAAUCCGCCUUUUCCGGUAUCAACGCACCGUUUCGACGCCGAAUACUACAGUUUUCAAGGACAGGCUGCUUAGCCGUCUGCUACAAAAGUUUCCUUUCCUCGUUGAAGCCUGGUAUUGGGCUUUGAUCUACUGGGUCUACCAACUUGGUCGAGCCUUCACAGCCCUCACCCUUGUAGAGGGAACUGUUGAUGUUGCCCGAAAGCAUGCUCUGCAGCUUGUUCACAUUGAGCAAGCUCUGGGCAUCUUCAUUGAGCGACCAAUCCAGGACUGGUUCCUCCACCACCCCAACCUGAUGCGAUGGACCAACCGUACUUACUCCUUCAUCCAUAUCCCCGGAACGAUUCUCUUCCUCGUCCUCCUGUAUUACUUCACCACCACCCGUAAGCGACGCGCUCUCGUCAAGUCCAAUGGAUCCGAUAACUCGAUUGGAGGAAGCUCGGGACCGAUGCUUUACGAAGCUCGCCGACGAACCAUGGCUUUGUGCAACCUGAUCGCGUUCAUCGUCUUCACUCUGUGGCCCUGCAUGCCACCCCGCCUGCUGAGCGACCCCGAGUAUGAGGGCCCCGACGCGGUCGAGGCGAAGAGUUUCGGAUUCGUCGAUACCGUCCAUAGUGCCGACGGUGAGAAGAGUGUCUGGACUACCAACAAGUUCUGCAAUCAGUAUGCCGCCAUGCCAUCUCUCCAUUUCGGAUACUCCCUUCUUAUCGGAUUGACAAUCGCGACGUUCCCCAUCGCCGGCUUGCGAUCGACCUCGUGGAAGCGUCUCGCCAUCGUGUGCUUGGGCAUGUCCUACCCCGCGAUCAUCCUGGCCGCCAUUGUCGCAACCGCGAACCAUUUCGUCCUCGAUGCCGUCGCCGGCGCCAUUGUAUGCGGUAUCGCGUGGAAUGCCAACGGCGUCCUCUUGAACCUUCUCGUCCUCGAGGACUACUUCCUGUGGGCGGUGCGUAUCCACAAGCCAGUCAACUGGACGGAUCCCGAGACGGCGGUCGAGAGGACCUGGCAGGGAACCAUGGUCCAGGACGUCUAG